AUGGAAGGGGCUGGGGGACUGGGCGAGUUGAUCGCAGACGGCAUGCCUCCCGCGCCGAUGGCGCGCUCGGGCUCGUCGGCUGGCCGGCCAGGGCGGAUCGGGCGGCGUGCGCGGGCGUCGGGCGAGGGGCCGAAACGCGUCCAGUCCAUUAACUGCGAGGAGGAGCUGGAGCUGGCGCUGGCGAUUUCGGCUUCCGAGGCGGGGACGGUGGCCCAGUGGGUCCGGCGCCCGGGAGGGAGGGACGGGAGGGAGGCGCGCGAGAGGCAGGAGGCGGAGGACAGGGACUUCGCGUUGGCGCUGCAGCUGCAGUCGGAGGGGGAGACGAGGCGCCGGCCCACAAUCCCGUCGAGUACACCGGGGGACCAGGCGCCGGCGCCGCCACGACAGGGCGGCCAGGCGAGGCCGGGCGCGGAACAGCCGACCACGAGCUCGCCUGACGAGCUGAUGGACUCGCACCGCUGCGCGGGUUGCAACAAGUGGCUGGGAUUCCACAAGUGGAUGUCUGCCCUUGAGAAAAAAUGGCACACAGAUUGCUUCAGGUGUCCGGGAUGCCGCAAGCCCAUUCAAGGCAAGUACAGUGCGAAAGACGGGGAGCCGUAUCACCCCGAGUGCCACAGAGUGCUCUUUCAUGAACGAUGCAAGGUGUGCAACAACCACCUCCCACUGGUGGCAAAUAGGAUUUCAUGGUCGGAGCACCCGUUCUGGAGACAAAAAUACUGUGGGAAGCACAACACAGAUGGCACGCCGCGCUGCACAGCUUGUGAAUGUCUGAAGGGCCGAGGUGCGAAUUGGGUGCUUCUUGAGGAUGGUCGGCAGCUGUGCUCCUCCUGUCAAGAGACUGUGGUGGUGGACACAGAGGACUGCCAGCCCCUGUACACUGAGAUACUGCAGAUGUACAGGGACCUGGGGCUGACGCUGCCCUCAAGGCCACCGCUGAUGUUGGUAUUCCAGCAGGCGUUGAACGAGUGCGAUGCUCUGGAAGGCCACCAUAAGGGGUCUCAGACAAGGGGCAUGACGCUUGCAGAGGAGUACAGGUCUAUCCGAACUGUCAAGCGGAGCUCAGGGUGGGCGGUGCGGUCGGAAAUGGUCCCUGUGGAGCGUCGCCACUGCAGUGUCACCGCCAUCCUGGUGCUUUACGGCCUUCCGCGGCUGCUGAUAGGAUCCAUCCUCGCCCACGAGGUGAUGCAUGCCUAUCUGAAGCUCAACAGAAUUACCCGACUGAGCCAGGAUGUGGAGGAGGGGCUGUGCCAGCUGAUGGCACUCAUUUGGCUAGAAAGGCAAGACCCACAGGACUACUACGAGAAGCGUCUCGGCAGCUUCACGGCUCACCAAAUCCGAACCAACCCGACUGCAGUGUACGGGGACGGCUUUCGUGCAGCCCAUGCAGCCUUUCAGUGCUAUGGCCUGACGGCGGUCGUGAACCACGUGAAGGAAACGCAACAGCUUCCCGUGCCCAACGAACGCAUUAAGUAG